AUGAAGCUAAAAAUUGCAUUUCUUCCUAUGGACGGGCAUGGACAUGUAAAUGCUUGUAUUGGUUUGGCUAAAAUAUUACAAAAAUAUAAUCAUGAAUGUAUUUUUGUUGUACCAAAAAAUUGGACAAAAGCUGUUGCUGGAAAUAAUUUUGGUAUUGAAUCAAUUGUUGCUGAUGGUUUUGAAGCUGAUAGAGAUCCUCAAGAAAAAUGGGGUAAAUUCAUGGAGGAAAGAUCACGAGUAUUUGAUAUGGAGACAAUUGAAAAAUUUAUUCAUUUAAAUGUGCCAAGCAAUGAAAAUUUUUAUGAUUAUUUGUUAAAAGCAGAUGAUCAAUAUACAGUGAUUCUUGAAAGAAUGAAACCAGAUUUGAUUAUAUUUGAUUUUUGGGUUUCUGUUCCUGCAAUUAUUAAUUCUGGAAUACCUUAUGUGGUUCUAUGGUCAACCAGUCCAUUGAUUGCUUAUUGGGGACCAAAUGUACCACCAUAUUCAUCAGCUCUUGGAAUAAAUGAUGAUCCUGCAGAAUUUGAGAGACUACGUUUGGCAUUUAAUGAUAGUUUGGCUGUUAUUAAAAAACAAUUUGACGAAUUGUUUCGAUCUAAAGGAAUUGAUCCAGAGACAGAGGAUCGUCUUGAUUUCUCUAUACUUGGUAAAUCACCAUAUUUAAAUUUAUAUCCUUAUCCAGAGGAUUUAGAUUAUUCUGAAUUUGGUCCAGUUCCAGAUAAAUGGUUUAGAGUUGAUCAUAUGGUACGAGGAAGUGAUGAUAUACCACUUGGAAUAGAUGAAAGUUUCUUUAAAGAGAAUGCUGAUUCAAAGAUUAUCUUAUUUUCACUUGGUUCACUUGGAACAUCAAAUUAUAAAUUGAUGAGUCGAUUAAUUGGCAUAUUGGGUAAAUCACCACACAAGUUUAUUGUAUCAAAGGGUAUACACCAUGAUAAAAUUGUAUUACCUGAUAAUAUGGUUGGAUCAAAAUAUUUGAAUCAAAUGAAGAUAAUGCCUCGUGUUGAUAUGGUUAUACAUCAUGGUGGUAAUAACAGUUUCAUUGAGACAAUUUAUUUUGGUAAACCUUUUAUUGUUAUGCCAUUAUUUGGUGAUCAACAUGAUAAUGGACGACGAGCUGUUGACAAAAAGAUUGGUAAAUUUUUCUUACCCUAUCGAGUAACUGAAAGUGAAUUAUUGAAUGGUAUUGAUGAAAUUCUUAAUGAUAAAGAAUUAAUUAAAAGAGUUGAAUUGAUUGGUAAACAUUUAAGAGAAACAAAAAGUCAUGAUAUUUUAAAUGAGAAGCUAAUUGAAGUCGUUAAAAAUGGACCAUUGGAUAAAUUAUCGAAAGCAACUAAAAAAACAAUAACAUCACCACCAGUAAAGACAGUUGGACAAACAGUACCUUCUUCACAAGUUGAAAUGAAUGACAAUAAUCAAAGGACGAUUAACAUGAAUGGAAACAUGAAUGGAAAGAUGAAUGGAAACAUAACAGUUAAUAACAUGACAAACAAUAUGAAUGGAAAUAAUACAACAACAACAACAACAACAUCGCAAGAUAAAUCUGGUAAAAUAUCACCAGUUUGGAAUGAACCAUCAAUUCUAAUUGAGUCCUAA